CUCCAAGGAAGCACGAGGGCACAUCUAGCAAAUCCAUUAACCAUUUCUGCCUGGGUUUUCGGAAUUUCGUGGAACCCAUGAAGCUGAUUGUUGGUUAGGGCUUCCUUUCUGGUGCAAUUAGGGCUUUUGACAAACUGAUGGCGGCUGCAAAUCCUCAGCCUUUGCAAGCGCGUCCCUUCCAGGAACAUGUCCAAGUUCCUACAAUGAUGGGGAAUGACGAUGGUGAAUAUGAAGAUGAUGGUGGCGGCGGCGGCGGCGGAGAUGUUAUGGAUGAUGUCGAAGGGGCUCAUAUGACUUCGGUGAGCGUAGUGAAGCAUGGUGGGUUGGUCAUGGCGUCUAGAACUAGUGAGCUUACGCUUUCUUUCGAGGGCGAAGUUUAUGUGUUCCCUGCAGUUACUCCCGAAAAGGUACAAGCUGUUCUCUUACUUCUUGGAGGAUGUGAUGUACCAACCGGUGUGCCUACAAUGGAUGUACCAUACGAUGAUAAUAACAGGGGUAUGGUUGACACCCCAAAGCGCUCCAACUUAUCACGGAGAAUUGCCUCCCUGGUUCGGUUUCGUGAAAAGCGGAAAGAGAGAUGUUUUGACAAGAAAAUUAGGUACACCGUACGGAAAGAGGUUGCACAGAGGAUGCACCGUAAGAAUGGCCAGUUUGCAUCCUUAAAAGAAGGUUCACGUGCUUCAAGUUGGGAGUCAGCACAUAGUUGCCUCCAAGAUGGUAGUCGUUCUGAAACUGUUUUGCGAAAAUGUCAACAUUGUGGUGUUAGCGAGAACAAUACACCUGCAAUGCGUCGUGGGCCUGCUGGACCUAGGACUUUAUGCAAUGCAUGUGGUCUGAUGUGGGCAAACAAGGGCACGUUGAGAGAUCUCAGCAAGGGAGGGAGAAAUGUAUCUCUGGAUCAUAUGGAACCUGAAACCCCAAUGGAUGUCAAACCCACAAUCAUGGAGGGAGAAUUUUCGGGCAUCCAGGAUGAACAUGGAACUCCUGAGGAUCCUGGUAAAACUAUGACCGAAGGCUCCAGUAAUCCUUCCCUUGACCCGGUUGAGGAAGAUAUAAAUGAAACCACUGUAGAGCUUACAAAUUCGUUGCCCAUGCAAAUUGCCAAUCAUUCAACAAAUGGCGAUGAGCAGGAACCUCUUAUUGAACUUGCUAAUCCUUCGGAUACCGAUAUAGACAUCCCCACUAACUUUGAUUAGAAGAUGUCAAAAGUUACUAUCAACCAUGGAGUGGCAGAUAGGACUUGUGUAAUUACAAAAAUUUCCAUGACAUAAGGUUCAAGUGUGCAGUGGUCAAUCUUUUGGCUGGGACGUUGCACGCUGCUUUCAGCUUAAGUUAGGUCGUCUAACAGUGUUGAUAUUGCUGCCAGAAACUAUGUGUGUUCACUGUACGAGUCGAGUUGUUAGGGGAUACGCUUGAGUUCUUCAAUCGGUGUAUGAUCCAAGUGAUUCGUUUGGUAAGGUUACUACUCGAUUCAAUUUUAUUUGAAGGUCUGCUUCCAUAAUUUAUCGUCAUAAUGAUGAAGGGAUCAAAUGCUUGUGGUGUUUGUAUCAUAAGAUGGGCUUUUCUUUUUUGCUUCUAAUUGACAAUUUGAUAUACAAUGACUUGAGCAAUUGCUAAUAGAAUAAACUUGCACAUUACGAGCCCUGUAA